GAAACCUCUCUACGAGCGAGCGUGGAAGCGGUGCGUCUUCAUCUCACUCGUUUCCCUUUUCGCCGCGUAACCACUAGCUCUGCCUCUAUAUUAGCUUUAUUUAGAAUAGUAAUCGAGGGUUGCCACGCUUCGCUUGCUGCCUGUUCUCUUUCUCCUUCCUGUUGCGAUUUGCGUCUCGCGUGUGCAGCCUCCUCAUUCAAGAAAGGCGUCAUCCCACCUUAUCGCUGCUUCUUUUUCCCUUUUUAAAAUAUUUAUUUUAUCCGAAGGCACCGUCGGUCGAUUCUCCCUGUCGCCUUCUCACCAGUGCACGUCUGCGGGCACACAAAUAGCGGUUCGUGGGAGCAAGAGCACCAACAGCGGGGAAGCAACUUCACAAGAGAUCGUAGAGCGUUCCUCCUACAAAAACGGUAACCACCACCACAAAUUUAGCAAGGUCUUCAUGGCGACCGCAGCGGAGCUUGGCACCGGCGGUGUCGAUGAGACGGGCAAGCCCAUCUUCGUCGCCACCGAACACACUCGCUACGCCGCCAGCACCGACCGCGAGCUGUCCGACCAGGAACAGCUCGCGUGGAAGUCGUUUCAGCUCUGGCGCACCUCCAUGUCCAUUGAACGCCGUGACUCCAUCUACCGGACCAUCACGAACUCGGACUACACGAACUUCAACAUUUCACGGCACAUUAUGGGGACGCCGUAUCCGGUGAUCGACUACGCCCCCUCCCUCACAGACUGCGUGGCGGGUAUUCGCCUGUACGAGCAUGCCUUUUCCGUGCUGGUAGCUCUGGGGUACAGCAAUUGGAUCCACUCCAAGCCCUCGACGCGCAACGCUAAAUUGCUCGGCAUCACGAGGUUUAGCGUCUCUGGCGGAACGUUUUUGUUGACGGAGCUGUGUUUCUGCUACCGUAGCAUGUUCCGCCUCUCGGGCUUCCUGCCGAACGACUACGAAUGUCGCAAGUUCGGCGUGAUGGAAUCGAAGGAUCGGCUGGAGCGCAAGAAGGACAUGUGGUCUAAGUAUGCCGCCUACAAGAAGGAGUGGUGCCGCCGCUUUGACUACCACGUCUACGGCAUCCGACCCGGAGAGAACUUCAGCCUCUUCUCCGCCUGCUGGCUCCCGGCGUGGGAGCCGCCGCACGGUAAGAUCACCGACUACCCCCUGCGCAAGAACCCCUACUUCCUCAGCUCUACUCCGCUACGCGACUUCUUUAUCGAGGGCAUGCAAACGGCGGACGUGUCCAAGACGGAGGCUGCCCCGUUGACGCGCGCAAGGCCGGAAGUGAAGUACGUCUUUCGAGGACCCCAGAAUGCGGAGAAGAGUACGAAGCCUUCCGAGCAUACAGCGUAA